ACCGUGAAUCUCCUGGACACGUCUUCAGAGCUCCGGACCUGUGGAAGCGAACAGUCCGAGCAGCCGGUGGCCGAAGGAGGCAGCGGACAACAGGGGGCCACACCGCGGGGUGCAGAGACACGAAUAACUGCGCUCUCGACGGGAAGACAGCACCGUUAAUCAAUUUAAAGAAGAGGCAGUUCUCCACAAAGCUGAAAAAAGGCAGAUCUUCUAACAGGAUCUACAAGCAUGAGUCCUCGCUACAAAAUUAAUUUCAACGCCUUAAUUCUCCUGGUGGUCCUGCAGGGGGCAGCUGUGGUGCUGUUCUGCAGCUGGUAUGUUCACUUCAGUCCCUGCGAAACUGAGCCUCCUCGAGGGAAAGUUCAUGUUCUGCUGCUCUCAUCGUGGCGUUCUGGUUCAUCUUUCCUGGGUCAGGUUUUCAGUCAGCACCCGUCUGUUUUCUAUCUAAUGGAGCCCGCCUGGCAUGUGUGGACCAAACUGGAGAAGCCCGGUGCCCGGCUCCUCCGAAUGGCUGUGAGGGAUUUGAUGCGGAGUGUAUUCCAAUGUGACUUCUCAGUGAUGGAUUCCUACCUACCAGAAAACUACAACAUGUCCUCCUUGUUUAUGUGGACUCAAAGUCGGGCUCUGUGCUCGCCUCCUGCGUGCUACGUCACACAGCGAGGUCAGUUUAGCAAUGAGACUCAGUGCCUCAAGAACUGUGACUCUCAGGGUUUGGACAAGGUCCAGGCUGCCUGCAACACAUACAGUCAUGUGGUGUUAAAAGAAGUGCGGUUUUUUGAGCUGGAAUCUCUUUACCCACUUCUACAAGACCCCAACCUGGACCUCCGCAUCAUUCAUCUGGUCCGGGACCCCCGAGCUGUGAUGAAGUCCAGAGAGGCAUCACCCAAAGCAUUUUUGAGAGAUAGUGCCAUAGUCUUGGAGCAGAAAGACAUACCUGCAGCUGAAGUGUCGUAUAAAGUGCUGCAGGAAAUUUGUCGUAGCCACAUACGCAUCAACGAGAGGGCCAUCGUAAAACCGCCGCCGUUCCUAAAAGGCCGCUACAAAAUGGUACGUUAUGAAGACCUGGCACGAAACCCACUAAAGGAAGUCAGUGAUAUUUAUGACUUUGUAGGUUUAGAAAUGUCCAAUCAAAUGGGGGAAUGGAUCUAUAAGAAGACUCAUGGAAAAGGGAAAGGCACGAAGAAAGAGGCGUUUCAGAUUACUUCUAGAAACGCUGCAGACGUCUCCCAGGCCUGGCGCACCGUGCUGCCAUACAGCAAGGUCAAACGUGUUCAGGAAAUGUGUAAAGGAGCCAUGAAACUGCUCGGCUACAAGACUGUUGACAGUGAAAAAGAGCAGAAGAGACUCGACAUAGAUCUGCUAGUUCCACGGGAACCAUUUCAGUUCAGCUGGAUACCAGCUAAAACAGAGCAGGCUGAUAAGAUUUAAAACGCUGAAGAGACUGACGCUUCUGAAAAAUGGAGUAGAGGACACUGGUUUAAAGUUCUUAUUUAAAGAAAGUAGAUGCCAAACACUGUUUGUUUGUUUACAAGACUCAGAUGAAGCAUGACAGCCCAGGCGUGGUGUGACACAAUCUAAACUUGCCUGACAUCGCUGGAAAAAUCAGCUUCUGAUUCUGGAAUUUCACUGAAGUUUAACAGAAAAGAUUUUUUUUAAUCAGUUUAGCAAAAAUUACCAAAUUUUUGUUAAAGUGGGAAAAUAUUUGAAGCACUUUGUUAUAGUAUUUUAAUAUUGAUUAGUUUGUUCAAAUUUUCUGUGAAAAAAUAUUAUAUGAAACCAAUCCAACUGGAAAUAUGAGAAAUUAUAAAGGUUCUUAAUUUGUUGAAAGAGGACAGUACAUUUCUGUUUCUUUACUUUCUUGUUUAGUUUUGUGACUGAGGUAACUUUGAACUCGCACCACUUGUUUUGCUUUAAUGUUCUGGUGACAUAAAGUGACAACAAAAAAUAGCUUCAAAUGCUGACGGCAUGAACUAAUUUGAAUACAAGUCUGUGCUCUGGCUUCAGGCCAGUGCUUUGAAAAGAUUAUCUCAAACAAUGCUUAGAGGAAUGUUGAUGUGCUGAGUGAUUUCACUGAGACAUCAAAGACAGAUACCUUAUUAUUACAAAUUUAUAACAGAGCAUAAUUUUAAUAUCACAAAUAACUUCUUAGAUUGAAAUAAAUCAUAGACCGCUAUUUUCAAAGACCACUCGGUCAUGUUCUGCAGGCUAAUACAUUUGGUCAAAACAAAAUCUCACAUCAUAAUACCCAAUGCAAGGUACUUUUUAAACACUACUUUAUAGCUUGAUUGCAACCAUUCCUGAUACUUUAAAAACUCUGCAGGCCAAUAGUUGGUCAGAAAAAACAAAUCAAAAGUUUGAGAACUUUGUCUUGAAGGAUAAACCAGAUAAUUAGAUAUUUAUCUCCUAUAAACGUUCUGAGCCAAGACUUGUUUUUAUUGAAGGGUUUUAUAAACAGGUUAUGAUUUCAGGAAGUGGAGACUUAAAGUAAAAUGAAUGUUAAACUCCAAAUGAAAACUGUUGGCUGAAUCAUUUAACAAACUAGUUUUUAGAACACUAACAGGGUAGGAGACAACAGGCUCCUAGUCUUGGUCUUAAACAGGGCUAAUAAUUGAGUUUUCUUUCAUUUCUACUCAGUGUUUCUGUUUUUAUCCUCUGCUUUUUUUUUUUUUUUUUUUUUUUUUUGUCGCCUGCUGCCAUGAAGGGCAGCUGGAAAUGUCUCUGCGUUAUCUGUUAGCAAACAUCUCAAGGUUCAAGAUGUCUCUCACAACUAGUAGACAUUAGCAAAGACAAAAUAUCUUUAAAGCAGUUAAUUUGAAGAACUUGAGUUAAAAGUUGUGGUAGCUGAGAGUCAUCCCUCUCACGUAGUUGGAGCAUUUUGUCCCGUCUUUGAUUGAAACUUUGGCACGACUUUAAAGAAUGCUACCUUGGUUUUGUUUUUUGUAGGUUUUUUUUUCCUGUUUUUGUUUUAUUUUGUCUAAUCUUAUCAGCUCCUUUGUGUUCUUCAAUGUGUUUUUAAGCCUUUUUUUAUAUUUAUGUCUGACCUUCAUUCUUUUAUUUAUUUAUUGACUCUUCAAACGAAAAUGUUGUGAAUUUUUUCGAAGAGGCUCUGAUCCAGGAACUCAUUUAUCUAGUCCAAAUUAAAAAAAACAUUCAUGAUCAAAUGUUCUGUAAAUUUUAACAAUUUGGGAUUAAUUUGUUUAUAUCCUACCAAGUGUGUUUAAUGUAUAAAUACAGUCAGAAAACUUGAACAUUCAA